AUGACGCCUACUACUUCCACAGUCAGAAUCCCCAUCAAGGACAGGCCACUGAAGCCAAAGCCGGAGCCAGAGCCACGGAUUCAAAUACUGAAGGACCAAACCAUUGGUGCCAUCGCAGAUCACAUCCUCCAUGGCAAAGCCAAGAAGAUCAUUGUGAUGACGGGAGCAGGAAUCUCGACAGCUGCAGGAAUCAAAGACUUUCGGUCCCCAGGCACAGGACUCUACGACGAUCUUGAAAAAUAUAACCUGCCGUUUCCAGAGGCGGUGUUUGACUUGGCUUUUUUCAAGCCAACGUUGACGCACUACCUUCUUCCUCUGCUGGCAAAGAAGAAGAUUCUCCUCAGAUCCUAUACUCAAAACAUUGACUCUCUCGAACGAUUGGCAGGACUUGACGAAGAUCUUCUCGUGGAGGCACAUGGAUCGUUCGCGACGGCAAAGUGCAUACAGUGUGAUAUGGUGACCGACUCAGCCUGGGUGAAACAACAUAUCAUGGCGAGCGAGAUUCCAUAUUGCAACCGUUGCUCAGGAUUAGUCAAACCAAGUAUCACAUUCUUUGGUGAAAGUUUGCCACGGCGGUUCUCAACCCAGACCGAGAAGGAUUUCCAAGAGUGCGACUUGCUGAUUGUGCUUGGAACAUCCCUGAAAGUGGAGCCAUUCAACAAAUUAAUUGCCCAGGUGUCGCCUAAAUGCCCCCGACUUUUGAUUAAUCGCGAAAAGGCUGGUCAGGAGCUGCAUUCUGGAUUCGACUUUGAGGACAAGUGGAAGUAUACCAUCCAACGCGACGCCCUUUUUCUCGGAAACUGUGAUGAAGGUGUCCGAGCUCUUGCGGACCUUUGUGGUUGGGAGAUAGAGCUUCAAGCGAUGUACGACGAGGGUCAUGCAAAGCUAAAGUUGGCAGAGGAUCAGGAGAAAGCAGGCACAAAAGAAAAGAAGGAACUCGAUGAAGAUGACGACGCUGACAAGGAUGACCAGGACUUUUCAGACGAUUUCUCAGUCCUGUCUGCUUCGAGCGACUCCUUGGAGGAUAUCACCCAUCAAUUUCAACGAUCGACAUUGCUUUCACGACCUGACGACUCUUUGAUUGAGGCGCAACAUAGUUCAAAGACCGAACUUGACGACAACAACACUAAGGCGAGCGCUGGAAAGGCCUUGGAAGCAGCGGAAGAGACGAACAAAACCACAGCUUUACCAAAAUUGACAGGGGAUGGACCAUCGACGACCCGCCGGAACGCCCAUGAGGACUCGAACACAGCAACGACUUCAAAGCAACCAGUACAUGAUUCAGAGGCGGCGAGUGUCCAUUCUGUCCUGGCGACCGAGACGCGGAGUUCAGAAACCAUGACGACUAUUCACCUGGGUGAAACAAGCCAAGCAGCAUCGACCUCGAAGGAUGGCCCGGCCAUUACCAAUGAACGAGAGGUAGUUGUCGUCAAAGCACAGGAGGCAAAGGAUACUUUUUCAGUAGCGUUGACAAAGAAGCCUGAGGAGAGGGUCGUGACAGCCGGCUUCGUGAUGGAGUUGCCUAUUGUCUCUGAAGCUCUAACAGUAGUGCCUAUGACUGAGGGCAUUGAUGAUGUGCAGCCAUUGAUUCGAUCUACAUCGUUAUCAUCGAGCUGUGGUGCAGAUGAACUUUACAUGCUUUCACCGAUGGCGUCAUUCCAAGAAUCGAAUUCUUCUGACAGCUCGGAAACCCGACAAACGUCAACGUCCACACCCCCAUAUACCCCGCUUACCACCUCCACUGAUGGAUCCGAUGUCUCGCGGUCGUUGUAUGCGUUCGUCCCCAUGACAGCAACAUUUACAACCACCGAGGCCGGAGUUGACCAAGAGAUGAGUGUGAAGCACACGUUUGGAGGUCAUGGCAGUCUUCAGGAUGGAGCAUCUGGACUGGUGCAGAUGAUGAGACGAAAGCGCAGGAUGGAGACUGAGAACUUAGCAGGAACAGCAGCAGGUGCAUCGACGACGACUUCAACCAAGCGAGAGAUGAAGAGUCUUCGAGGGCCAGGCACAGCGCCACCUCGAGUGACCAAACGACGACGCGUUGACUAA